AUGGCAUAUAAAACAUUGUUGCCCUCCCCUUCUCUAUACAAUAAUAAUUUGGGACCAGGUUUCAUUGCUGAUGGAGAUUUUGUCAUUGGAGGAAUUUUCCCUAUUCAUUUCAAACAGAGAAUACCAGAUUUGAACUGCACAUACAAGCCCGGACCAGUAGGGUGUGAUGGGUUUGAUCCCAGAGCUUUCCGCUGGGCUUUGACCCUGAUGCUUGCUGUGGAGGAAAUUAACAACAGUAGUGAACUGCUACCUAACCACACUCUGGGCUAUAAAAUAUUUGAUUCCUGUUCAUAUCCAUUAACAGCUCAGAGAGCAGCUCUGGCUGUUAUAAAUGGACCGAAUGAAGCAGACAGACCCAUGUGUUUAAAUGCUAGCCCUGUGUUGGCUGUUAUUGCUGAAUCUGGAUCAGCUGAGUCUACUAUGGUUUCUAGAAUUUUACAACAUUUCAAGAUUCCAGUGAUCAGUUACUUCUCCUCUUGUUCAUGCCUCAGUGACAGACGAGAAUUCCCCAACUUUUUUAGGGUCACCCCUAGUGAUGCCUACCAGGUGAAAGCCAUUGCCAAUCUGCUGAUACAUUUCAACUGGACAUGGAUAGGUAUACUGCGAGGAGAUCAUGAGUAUGGUGACUCUGCCAUGCAGAGACUACUUAAGGAGCUGGAUGGUACAAAUGUUUGUGUGUCUUAUCAGGAAAUAAUUCCGCUUUUAUACAACAGUCGGAGAGGAAUGGAGAUUAUCCAUGUGAUGAACAGCUCCAGUGCUCGAGUGGUAGUGGUUUUUUCAGCUGAAGGUGAAUUCACACCAUUUAUAAAGGACUAUAUGAAUCUGAAUAUUACUGGGAUUCAGUGGAUUGCCAGUGAAACCUUGGCAACAGCUACACCAUUCACAGGAAGUGAAUAUUACCCUUUUCUGGGAGGCAUGAUUGGGUUUGGGGUACGAUACAGCUAUAUUCCAAAGCUGAAAGACUAUAUAACAACAGUAAACCCAGAGACAUACUCCUCCAACAUUUGGGUGCAUGAACUGUGGGGUGCUUUGUAUGGGUGCACUCCCUUUUCAUCCUUUACCCCAAAUUCUCAGCUCCCCCUAUGCACUGGGCAAGAGCCACUCAACAAGAAAUAUUCUGUCUACAGGAACACAUCUACUCUUCGAAUUACUUAUAAUGUAUACAAAGGUGUGUAUGCUAUUGCUCACUCCCUCCACAAUCUCAUUUCCUGCCAACCUGGAAAUGGACCAUUUAUUAACUCCUCAUGUGCUGACAAUAGUAACAUCCACCCUUGGCAGCUCCAGUAUUAUCUGCAAAAGGUCUCACUCACUGUUUUAGGAGAGUUGUUGAAAUUUGAUAUGAAUGGAGAAUCGAUUGCAUACUAUGAUCUGAUCAACUGGCAGAAGGGCCUAGCUGGCAAUAUUGAACUGAUUAAAGUGGGCAUUUAUGAUGGGACCCGUGAGGCUGGGAAUGAACUGGUUGUUUACGACACGCCUAUUACAUGGGCUGGAGACAAAAAUGAGGUGCCAGUCUCUGUUUGCAGUACCAGUUGUCCUGCAGGAUUUAGGAAGGCUGUACUUAAAGGGAAACCUCUGUGCUGCUUUGACUGUGUUAAAUGUGAUAGUGGCAAAAUUAGUAAUCAGACAGAUUCAGUAGACUGUAUGGCCUGUCCUGAAGAUUACUGGUCCAAUGCAGAUGGAACAGAAUGCAUUCCUAAGGUCAUUGAAUUUCUUUCCUAUGAUGCAAUGGGGAUAACAUUGACUGUUACUGCUACUGCUGGAGCCAUUGUUACCUUAGCUGUGUUUGCAGUUUUUCUCUAUCACAGAAACACUCCUAUUGUGCGUAUGAACAACUCAGAGUUGAGCUUCUUCAUCCUUUUAUCCUUGACCCUGUGUUUCCUUUGUGCACUGAUCUUUAUUGGGAAGCCCACUUCAUGGUCAUGCAUGCUGCAUUACACUACCUUUAGCAUCACCUUCUCACUUUGCAUUUCCUGCAUCCUGGGUAAAACCUUAGUGGUUCUUGCUGCUUUUACAGCCACCCAGCCUGGAAACAAUAUAAUGAAAUGGCUUGGACCUACACAGCAAAGGAUCAUCAUCUUUGUCUGCACAAUGGUCCAGAUGGUCAUCUGUGCUGCAUGGCUUACAUUCUCUCCUCCAUUCCCUUACAAAAACACACAGUAUCAGCGCUCUAAGAUCAUUCUAGCCUGCAAAGUGGGAUCUGAGUUAGCCUUCUGGUGUGUGCUCGGCUACAUUGGAUUCUUGGCUUGUUUGUGUUUCAUUCUGGCAUUUCUGGCUCGACAAUUACCUGGAAAUUUUAAUGAGGCUAAAUAUAUUACUUUCAGCAUGUUAAUAUUUUGUGCAGUGUGGCUGGCAUUUAUACCUGCCUAUGUAAGUUCACCUGGUAAAUUCACUACAGCAGUGGAAAUAUUUGCUAUUUUAGCUUCUAGCUUCGGUCUCCUUUUGUGCUUAUUUGCACCAAAGUGUUACAUUAUUUUACUUAAACCACAAGAAAAUACCAAGCAGCAUCUAAUGGGAAAAUAA